AUUAAUUUCAACGAAAGGAAGGAAAAGAAAUACAGAUUUCGUUAUGUCGAAUCGUCGAUCAAACAAAGUGAAAGUCAUGGCCGAGCGUGAUCACAGAAAAACCUCAGUAGAUGACAGGCUAGAUACGAGCAAGACUACGGGUUAGCAGAAGCGCAUUGGCAAAGACGAUACGACCCUUGGAUGUACUGAUGAAGAACUCUGGGACAUUUAUUUGAAGAAUGGCAACAUUGGUGGUAUUCGGAAGUUACUUGAAGACAAAAAACUACCAACUUACAAUACAUUUCUUAUGGCCGUUGACAAAUUAUCUACACAAACAGAUGAUUUAAGGGAUUUCUGUUGUAGUGUAAGCAACAACUUGAAAGCAAAGAUUCCAGGUGCGAAGAUUGUCUAUCCUGCCAUCAACCCAAAAAAUAACCGCAUUACAUUUGUGAUAUUAAGUACCCUUCCAAGUGAUGAAAAAUAUAUUGAUGGAUAUCUGGUUGAGACGAAGUAUGCUUAUGGUCAAUGCGAUGAAGAUCAUUUUAUUAGUGAUAAGGAAAUGAACGAGGAUUUGUGCUUCAAAAGUAAAGAGGAUGAAGAUAACUUGAAGAUAAACGCUGCUGUAAAUGUGGCGCACGAAAAAUUUUCAGAAUGGCCUAACUAUUCUUGUAUUUCUUUCUCGUUUUACAAAUCGAGGAAAUACAACGAUGAUGAUCACAAUACUGCUUUGAUUGAAAAAGGCUGCAUCGUUCUAUUUGUAUACCUAAAACACUGGAAGCCGGUUGGAUGGGACUUUUUCCCUGGUGACAGUUAUGGGUAUGAAAUUGAUGUGAGAGAGUCUACGUGUGCCAGAUUGCACACAAGUACGCUAUAUUUAGACGACACUUUGUCACUGUGUGGAAGUAUUCAGGGGACAUUGAGAAAAGAAGGCGUGAACGACAAAGUGUUUUCUCUAACUGCAGCACAUUGCGUGUUUGACGAUGACACAGCAGACAGAGCACUCGCAAUGAAAGAACGUGACGGCCUUGCAGUUCUUGAAGAUGACAAGCUUCCGCAUGUAUUUAAACGUAGUCCACACCUGCAAGAAGGCUCAAUUACCAAGAUGGUAUAUGGAGGAUCACCGUUCGUUGAUGCGGCGCUAGUGAAGUUCGAUGAAAAACUGCAUAUAAAAGCGUUUAAUAAAAGACUGUUUAAUGGUGAUUUUAAUUUGAAUUGGGAGAAAUAUGGAAUUAAAAGGCAGCCAUCACUUCGAGAUUGCUUCCAAUUGGGGACAUUCGCACAGAAUGACGUCGUCAUAAAAUGUGGUAUGACAAGUAAGGUUACGGUUGGAAAAGUUGGAUUAACGGAAGCUCCAUUUGAUGGCGAAAAGGGCCAUAUUCAAAUAAAGUCAUUAAAACCCAUUGAAACAUUUUCUGAACCAGGAGACUCCGGGUCGUUCGUUUUCGUAGUGAAUAAAGAAAUCCUUAAAAAACCUCCCAAUGAUAGAAGCAAUCAUCAGAAAGGAGAUCUGGCUCUCAUUGGAAUGGUAAAUGGGGUACAAGGGAGUUCGUUUUAUUCCACGAAAAUGACUGCAACCAUGACUGCAUUAGGAAACGAAUACGAAUUUGAAGAAGAACAAGAAAGUUUUUUUAAUAAAAUUAAAAAUUUGUUAACAUUAAAUUGGUGGUAAAUUCAUAAAAUAUGUAAUGGCUCAUGUUUGCACUUUUGUCGAACAAGUCAUUUAUUCAAAAGUACUUAAAGUCGACAUUGAUGUUAUUUUUAAUUUAGAAACAAAUAUUUAUAAUUGUUCUCAUAUAGAUUUGAAUUUAUAUCGUCAUUGAUGUUAUGUGUGUAUUGCAGAUUAAGUAUUAAGUUAUCUGUUGAUUUGAUAAUUAUGUUUAUAUUUAUUCACGACAAUUAAGCAACAUAUUACUUGGUGAUGUAUUGAUUGAUAAUUAAUUUGAGUACGACAAAUAAGAGCUUCGGAUAACUACUACCUAUGUUAAAGUGAGUCAAAAUAUUUCUACAUAAGGUCUGUACGAAAAAAUGAUUACAUGACUAAUAUA